AUGCACAAACUUGUAGUCCCGAAAUUGUCUGGGGCUCACCGAUUUGCAUGCUUAGCACUUUAUCGAGCGCUACUCCGACAAUCCGCUUAUUUACCCACGACGACACCAGAACUCGGUACCUGCAAGUGGCUCGUACAGCAUCGUUUUAGAAAAUACAAAGGCAUCCAGAGCCCUUCACAGGUUGCGAAUGCCUUGAGAGCUGGAUACGAGGCCUUCACUAUUUGCACAAACCAGGCCCUCGACCUCUUUCACUCGGCUUCACUCGGAAACCAACAUGAUAUAAACCGCAUUACAAAUCUCAUCUCUGAGAACGAAAGAAUUAGGGAGCAGAGGGCUAUAAGACAGCGGGCACUGUCAAAGGCAAAUCCGCCGAAACCCCUGUCGCCGCGACAAAGGCAGAAAGAAGAGUCGCGACGGUUCCAAGAGCAGACCGCACGUCGACAUCCCGAUGCGACUUCUAUAUUUUCGCGCCCACGUUUUAUUGUGAAUGGGAGACGGAAGGUCCCUGUUCUCGUUAAUGCGCGUGGGGUCCCGUUCUUGCGCAUCAAGAAACCGCAGCCGAAAAACUUAAGCGGCGUGAUCAGAACGAAGCUGGAAAAACGUUGGAAGCGAAUUGAGCGCCGGGACAGACUACAGCUGCAGUUGUUAUUCUGCAAGGAUGAAGAUUUCUGGGAUUCUCUGACCACCGAAUCCGGUGCAGAGCAAGAACGAUGGGUUGAUGAGGUUAAAAAAGGACUGUCGGAGGUGAACCGUCAAAUCCAAGAGUCCGACAAGAAAAACAAGGAGAUUGCGGAGGCUAUGUGGAAGGUUGUUCUUGCUGAGCGCGAUCUGGCGGCUAAGGAACAGCAAGAGGCGUCAACUGAUACGUGA